UCAAGUUGUGAGACGAGACAGACUGAGAGAAACCAUUGAAAAGGACUCAAAUCUCAUCAUGGUGCCUCAACAUUUUGGGUGUCUGUCCAUUGCGUCGUCUUGGAUCUUUGCAUUUUUCCUCCCAUCUGUGUGCCGAGGCAUGCCCCCACUAACGUUAACACUGGACCGCACAGUGUUCGUGGCCUUCUCAGGGGAAGAUCUCAACAUAACGUGUACAAUGACCAGACCAGUAAAUCAAACUGGAGACACAUUUAACUGCUUCGACGCGACCGGUGAAAAGAUUUUCACCCAAACCAUUUCUGGUACAGGGAACUCUCCAAAGAAAAAGACACUAAUGAUCCCUCUGAAGAACGUGAGCAGCUCAGGAAUAUAUUACUGUAAAUAUAAAAGCGUCAUGGUGCAGUGGUUUCUACGAGUCAGAGCCAAAGGCUACAAGCCGCUGGAGAUGUGGGACUACACAGACACAGACUUCAUCAUUGUGGCCAUCUUCAUCGGAGUGUUGCUUCUCUUCAGUGUGCUUGGCUCAGUGUAUGUCUUCAGAGGAGAUUGGAAAGAGAUGACCCAUGAGUGUAGCAAUACAGAUGAACCAGAAAAGGAGAACACAGAAGACAGGAAGAAGACAGAAACAGAGGAAGAUAACACGGAUGUGACAGCAGCUGAGUCUACUUCUUUCUAUGCUAGUCUGGCGCCUCGACCUGGGUCUAUUUACGAAGUGUUGGACCAUUCAACUUCCAACACUGAAUCAGGACAAAAUACAACAAUGUCCAAGCAAAAGGAGC